AUGAAAAUGAGGGUCUGCAGCCUGUCAUGGAUCAUAGCUGGCUUUAUGGUGGUGUGGCAAGCACGAUGGUUUCGACCACUGGCUUUUGCCCACAGUGAGGCAUAUAUAUCCCCGUCAUGCCAAGCGGCUGCGCUGGGAUCCAACCCUGGUGAGGAUGAUUUGGCGAAGUGCAAGCGCUCGUUGCCAGUGUACAUGUUGAAGGCAGCGCGUGGUGACAGGCGUCAAGCUUUGCAGCGCUGGGCACAGACGUUACGUUGGCGAUGCCAGAUAGACGAUGAUGGAAUUGUCAGCCGUCCAAACCCGAAUUACUUCCGCAUCCAACCUCACUACCCUACGUAUUUGCAUUUGCCCGACAAAGAGGGGCGCACUACUUAUUGGGAGCUGCUUGGACGGAUAGACAUGGCAGGCCUUCACCGAGAAGGCAUCACUGUCGACGAUAUCAGGGAGAACUACGUGUGGCAAACUUUAUUCACGUGGGAUGUUUGGUUGAAGCGGGAUGGUGCGGCAGAGGGCACCAUCAUUGUUGACAUGCAAGGCUUCAGCUUGUCGAUGCUGACGCCGCGUUUAAUUCAAAUGUUUGUGCGGACGUCUUCCCUAAUUCAGCGACAUUUCCCUGAACGUGAGCAUGUGUUGAUCGUAAUCAAUGCGCCAGAGUGGUGGGGGCGGAUGUAUGAUUUGUUCGGGCCAUUGUUCCCGGAAAGCCAGCGGCAAAAGCUACGCGUCUGCGUCGACAAGGAUAAGUCUUUGCAAACCCUGACAGAGUUCAUAGACGUGCGCAACAUUCCCCGUGUUUAUGGGGGGACUGGCGACCCUCUAGGUUCAGCUCCAGCAGAUGUCCUUAAACGCAAACUUGCUGCGAAGGGCAUGCAGCCGUCACGAAAGCCGUGA